GAGUUCUCGCAUGUGUACAUGAUCUCGCAGUGACAGUGUUGAGGGAAGCAGAGCAACCGAUUGUGACGAUGCUUAGACGUAUUCACACAUGUCUAUAACUUCGAAGACUGGACGCAUGGUUUAUGUUAUUCAAUCGUACGUUUGCUGUGCUCCCCACGCCUGUGCGCUCUGCAACAGUCUUAUACGCCUGCAUAACUUAUUGAGAUCAGCAGAUGCUGAGACGAUACCCCUGUACGACUUAUUGUGCAACUAUGUAGACUCGUCUUAUUAAUGAGAAGCUCGCGCUAUAUGUGUAGUCACGGCAAACAGCGACUGCCUUAUUGGGAACAUAUGAGGUAGUGACCUGAAGGUUGAUCAGUCUACUUAGUCAUCCGCCGUGAAUAAGUAUAUCAGUGUGAAGGAAUUGCACCCACAUCAUCUGAGUGCUUUCGACAUGUCCAUCAUACGUUCUGAUCUUCCCCUUAUCAAUAUCAAAGCCACUUAGCCCCCAG